CGAUCUCGCUUAUCACUUGCUGAAUUCCUUCACAUUGUCCUACCUUCUUUCGAAUGUCCCCUUGAAUCCUAAGAAUCUUCUUGAAUCACAAUGAGCGCUACAGAAGAACCUCAAGACGGUUACGAAGAUGGAAUGGCCGGUCCUGGUGCCCCAACAUCGCUCACCGCGCUUGAGGGUGUCAAUGGCUUGUCCAGCAGGGACAUCAAGUUAUUUAUCGACGCGGGUUACAAUACCGUCGAAUCCAUAGCGUACACUCCGCGACGGCAACUGGAACAAAUCAAAGGUGUAUCAGAACAAAAAGCCAACAAGAUUCUGCAAGAAGCGUCAAAGUUGGUGCCGAUGGGGUUCACAACAGCAACAGAGAUGCAUCAACGACGGAGCGAGCUGAUAUCGAUAACAACCGGUUCCAAACAACUAGACACGCUACUUGCCGGCGGGAUCGAAACAGGAUCCAUAACAGAAAUUUUUGGUGAAUUCAGAACAGGGAAAAGUCAGAUAUGCCACACUCUGGCAGUUACAUGUCAAUUGCCCUUUGAUAUGGGUGGGGGAGAGGGAAAAUGUCUGUACAUUGACACGGAAGGAACAUUCCGCCCUGUGCGUCUACUGGCAGUGGCCAACCGCUACGGACUCUCAGGAGAAGAAGUACUGGACAACGUUGCAUACGCCCGAGCGUAUAACUCAGAUCAUCAAUUACAACUGCUUAACCAAGCUGCGCAGAUGAUGACGGAGACUAGAUUCUCACUUCUCAUUGUAGAUUCAGCAACUUCACUCUAUCGCACGGACUUCAUGGGACGAGGCGAGUUGUCGUCGAGGCAGACGCAUCUCGCCAAAUUUAUGCGCACGCUGCAACGACUGGCUGACGAGUUCGGUAUCGCUGUUGUUAUCACCAACCAGGUCGUGGCUCAAGUAGAUGGCGGACCAAGCGCGAUGUUCAAUCCGGACCCCAAGAAGCCCAUUGGAGGCAACAUCAUUGCCCAUGCAAGCACAACUAGACUAAGUCUAAAGAAAGGACGAGGUGAGACCAGGAUAUGCAAGAUUUACGACAGUCCGUGUUUGCCGGAAAGUGACUGUAUGUUCGCAAUCAACGAGGAUGGUAUCGGAGAUCCAAGUCCGAAAGAUUUAGAAAAGGAUUAAGAAACUACAUUCACAUUACGCAAGAAAUAAUGCUUUGAAUUGCUUACGAAGAUUCACGAAAUUUUUGUAGUUCUGAGAUUGUCUUUUAAUCUGA